UUCCAAAGUGGUUGACAACAUAAACAAAGAAAUUCCUGAUUUCAGAGGGCAGCCAUGAGUAGAGGUGGGAGUUAUGGAGGUGGACAGAGUUCUUUGGGAUACUUAUUCGGGUCCGAUCAGCCGCCGAGCCCACCUCCUGUCUCUGGUGAGGCCAACAAGCCUCCACCAUCUGAUGACAACAAUAAGGCCACCAAGACGCCGCCGGCCACACCUUCGCCAAAACAGACCAGCUCCAACAACUACCAUAGAGCUCAAGGCCAAAACACAGGCAACUUCAUUACUGAACGCCCCACCACAAAGGUGAAAUCGGUUCCUGGUGGAGACUCAUCUCUUGGCUACUUGUUUGGAGAGAAAUGACAUGGUUUGGUCUCUCUAAUGGCUAUAUAAGUAUAACUAAGCUUUUUAUUAUUAUUUGUUUUUAUUUGUAUAGUCUGAAGUGGGUUUGUUGCAAGGCUCUAAAAUAUAGGGCUGCAGCCCACAUAAAUGUGUGUCUAAAAUAAGGGCUGCAGUUCCCAUGAAACAUGUGGGUUUUCUAAGUAUUUUAUUAGUGAGGCUGAGAGGAUAUGAUGGUGUUUGAUUUAGAUAAUAAUAUUGUAACUAAGACAUUUGAUUCUAGUUUA